CGCAACUCACGUGUGUCACCAUAAACCACUUACACCAACAUCGAAAGAGUAGAUUUAUGUUCUCAAAAGGAUUCAUCCCGCAUCAUUCCAUUCAGGAUUGGAUUACAUGUUAAAUCCUUCACUGGGAUUGUCUCAUUUGGAUCGUCGGAAAAUGCGUGGCUGUGGAUCACAGAUUGGGGACUUUCGCGGAAUUAAACGAGCUUUAAGUGUGGUGAUAGCUAAAGUGUUCCUAUGACCUGAGCAUCCCUUCGGCCCCUCGGCUCCCCUCCCGGUGGCAGCAGGAAUAAGGGAUGUCACAAGUAUUCCUCCUUUUGAUCCUGCUCAAUUUCUCAUCCUGCAUCCAGGUGUCAUCUGCUGUAUCCCUCAAAACUUUGAUGGCAAGAUGGAUGAUGUACCGAGAUGAAUGUUUUCGAAAUAUUAGCAGAGAACCUCCACUGACAGGUGUUGUGUGCAACAGAACGUUUGAUAAGUAUGCAUGCUUGCCGGAUGGGCUACCCAAUACUACAGUGGGUGUGGCUUGCCCCUGGUACCUGCCCUGGCACAGAGAAGUCCGACAUGGGCAGGUGUAUGUGGAGUGUGAUGAAGAGGGACAGUGGAGUAAGCAGAAAAAUGCCAAUGAAUGUGUAUCACGAGACCCCACCCAAAUCAACAUGCAACACUACGGAAGGAUCCUUAGUCAAUUCCAGACCAUGUACACUGUUGGAUAUUCUCUGUCUCUUGGGGCGCUGGUGCUGGCAUUGGGGAUUCUGAUGGCCUUUAGGAAGCUGCACUGCAUGAGAAACAACAUCCACAUGAACCUGUUUGCCUCCUUCAUCCUGCGAGCCUCUUCUAUUCUUAUUAAAGAUGCAAUGCUGGAGAGACCAGACACUUUUCAUGUUGGUCAGGACAUCACCAAUGAACUGGAUGUGGAGUGGCUGGUUAAAAACGAGACGGCUGUCGGCUGCAGAGUUGCUGUGGUGAUGAUGCAGUAUAGCAUCCUAGCUAACAGCUAUUGGCUGCUAGUGGAGGGAAUCUAUCUGCACAGCCUUCUGGUGGUCACUGUGCUGACAGAGAGGAACUACUUCAGCAUCUACCUGUGCAUUGGCUGGGGUGCUCCUUUGAUAUUCGUGUUCCCGUGGGUGAUUGUGAAGUACUUGUAUGAGAAUGAAGAAUGCUGGGUGCAGAACAUACACAUGGAGUACUGGUGGAUUAUUCGUUCUCCCAUCUUACUGGCCGUCCUGAUCAACUUCUUCAUCUUCAUAAACAUCAUUAAGAUCCUUGUGUCAAAACUGAGGGCGCAUCAAAUGAGAUAUUCUGACUACAAGUUCCGGCUUGCUAAAUCCACCCUCACCCUGAUUCCGUUACUGGGGAUCCAUUCGGUCCUGUUUUCAUUUGUUACUGAUGAGUCUACCUCGCAUGGUGCUCUACCACUGCGCCUCACAAAGCUCUUCAUUGACCUCUUUUUCAACUCCUUCCAGGGGCUGUUGGUUGCCAUAUUAUAUUGUUUUGUCAACAAGGAGGUUCAGUCUGAGAUCCUGAAGAAGUGGAGACGCUGGAAGCUUGGGAGGGACAUUGAGGAAGAGUACCGCCACACUUACAGCCAGACCCUGCAGAUGAAGAGUGGCAGCAUCAUGGUCCAUCCACCCAAUCUACCCAGUUUGCCCGAUAUCGCCACCACAACCUCGACGCUCUGCAGUCCAGAAGAGAAGCAGAUGUUGGUGUCCAGCAGCCAAAAUGGGAUAGUAGCUGGGCAGGGAUGCCUGCGGUUCACCUCCACGCCACAAGAUGGCUCCACCUGCAGUUCACUUACUGAGGAUACAGUGGUAGCGGACAUGACACUACAUUAUAGUGUUCCACAGGACAAUGUUGAGAAAGCAACCUGUGAUCUGGAAGAGACAUGUUUCAGCAACAGACCUUAACUCGAUUCCUCUCACUUUUUCAGGAUGAGAUGCUAGAACCCCUUGUCCUAGCUGGAGCGAGAGGUGUGUAUAUGAGUUUGUGAGAGUGUGUGAGAUCACCUGCCCUCUCUGAAGAUCAGCAGGCAACUCAUGAUGGACAUCUGAUGAUGGUAACUCAUGGUGGACCUUAUGAAGGAUCAGUAAAGUGUAGAACGUGGACAUAUCUUAAGGAAUUGCACAAUUGUACAUGCUUAAAAUUUUAUGAGUCUUACUUCUAGUCUGGUAUAUCUAUGUAUCGUGUUGGUGGUUCAAUACAUGAGACCCGUCUGGACAAAUUCACACACCAAAACAACAGAAAAUCAUGCAAGGGACCAAAAGGAACCAUUAUGACCAAACAUCUCCAAUAUCUUGAAAUGGAUGGAAUAUAACAGACACACUGAACUGAAUUUAAAUGAACUGGUUUAUGCAUUCCAGAGACUGACCACGUUUACAUGCACGUUCUGAAACAUCAUUUAAACAAGAAUGCCAAUUUCCUUACGCUGUUUAAGGGAUUAAGAGAAAGCUGUUUAACACACCAGGGUUAUUGUGGUUAUGUAAACGCUUUAGAGGCGCUAUUACAGGUUUUUGAGGAGUAUGAAUGUGCAUGAACAGACCAAAAGAGUCAUAGGAAAAAACCCAACAACACAAUUCUGCUGCUCGUCACGGUAGAAACAAACAAAGCAACAGCUCUGGAAUUUCUGGAAAUUAAGCAAAGCAAUGGAGAAUGAAAGAGCGAAGUCUUCCUUGGAUGCCAUGUUUGUUAUUUACACAAGCGUUGCAGGGAAAUUACAUUGCUGUUGAGAAACCUGCUUACUGUAUUGUACUAUACACCGAUUUCGAGCCUUCUCGCAAUAAACGGCUUUAUGGUGUCCAUGUAAACGUGGUCACGAUGACUGAGGGUGAUGCAAAACCUACUGGUUCUUGUCUUCAUAGCUAUCUUCUCUAACUCAUCUCUUCAUAGCGUUGUCUUUUUGGAAACACUUUUGACACUUUUGAGUACAGUAAGGGGUUGUUCACACAGGACACGUUGAUAAGCUGGAUGGAAUGCAAUGGAAUAGAGCGCAACAGUGCCUGCCCAAUUUUUUGCCAUCUUGAUUCCUUGAUGUUUAUUUUUUCCAUAGGGAUUUCAUAAAGAUCUAUGCUAUGAACCAAAACAAUCAGAUCCAAGGUGAAUCACAACAUUACAAACUUUGAUUCAAAGCAAAAAAGUUAAAAAGAUUUGACAAAAAGACUUUAAUGAAGGCAUGAACUACAAUACAAUGAAGCACUGUGAAUCAAAAAUGAAAAAUGAUGGAAGAAAAGUUGUUGAUUACUUGUAUAGAAUCAAUAUAUAUUUAGUUUUAGUCUUUUUGCAAAAUAUUUAGAUAUAUACAAAGAUAUAAGUAGUUACUGUUAUUGUUAUUUAUCGUUAAAAAUGAAUUCCCCAAUGGAAAAAAAUUAUGGGAUUUUUUCUUCCGGAAGCAGACUGUUGCACUCUGUUGAACAGAAGGCGUGUUUAUAGGCACAUUAACACCCAUACAUCAUUGCUUAUGUACACAUUCAAUAUAUUUGAGUUGCUUAUCCUGCCCACAUUUUGAUCUGGCCUGCGUUUCCCAAAAGCAUUGUAAGCCUAAGUAGAUCAUAGAAACCAUUGCCACCAAUGGUCUCAAUGAUCAACUUAAGCUUCCAAUGUUUUUGGGAAACAUAGCCCUGAUUGGUCCAUUAUUAUUUGUUGUAAAACUCGCAUUAGCUGGGUUUCCAUCCAAAUGCUUUGCAUUUUUAUGCACAUUUCUGAACAAUUAGACAUCAGAAAAUGUGAAACAUUGCCUGUUUCCAUCAACUGUGUUAUAAACAUUAUAUUGAGGGAGCCCACUUCGUGUCAUAGAGCAGUUGAACAACCUCCUUGGUUCAAGGAGAGUUGUAUUUGCUGUAAUAAGAGCUAUUAUAAAUUUGUAUUAAAUGCUACCUGGAGACAUCACAGAAUAAGUGCAAUAGCUCAAAGAACAAGGGAUAUAAUAUUAAUUCUUAACACUGCCAGCAUCUAUGUACCUGGGAUUGCCCACGCUCAGACCAGUAAUGGCGGAUUGUGUGGAUGAGCUAUGGGUGAACCACUUCUGACUAACCAGAACUGAAACACUAUUGAAAUGGAAGAAAUCCUAAAAAUGAACAGAAACAUGUUGCCAAAUGGUUAUAACGCAUCAUCUUUUAUGCAAAUAAACUGUUUCCAUCACCUGAAUGUGCAUUUUUAAUGAUGUGAAAAUCAAAUACAACUCAUCCUAGCAUGUAAACUUUAAAGCAAUUUUCUUUUGGUUUAUUCACAUACAGUGCAUUUCCAUUCAGAUUUCCUAUGCACAAUUUCAAAAUGUGCAUACAAAAAGUUGGAUGGAAGCCCUGUUGUUUAUCUGUUGUUUUUAACUUCUAAUACUUUAAUACUUAAAAUGUGGUGCUCAUGGUGCAAGUUGCUGAAAAACAACGAAAUGUGCCCCUAUGGCAAAAGACAUUCAUCUGGCAAUUAAAAUAAAGCACAAUUGGAAUGCAAGAAUGUGUCCUGUGUGAACGGAUCCUAAAGAUGUUUGUUUAGUUUAAAUAAAACAUCAUGACUAGGUUAGAAAUUGAUUGUCAAGUCAAGAAAGAAGAGAUCAAACAGUACUGACCAUGUGCCUUCUUCUGUAGGUGAUAAAUCCAGAUAUCACAAAAACACAAAGAUUAUACAGGACGAUACAAUUCAAGUCCUGUAAAAAUCCAUUAGUCACACACACAUACUUCAGAGGUGAAAGCUGCUUAAGGCAGAUUCUGUACACUGAACAGGAGCUCAAGCAAGAGUUACAUAAAUGUGCAACUAUUAAUCAUGAUGAUGUGCUCCUUUCAAGGAAGCAUGCUUGGGAUACUCAAACAUGUCAAAUAAACCCAUAAGUAAAAGGCUUUAAAGGGUCUUAGUCAAUUACCCUGUUUACAUGCACUUAAUAAAACGGUUUAUUCCAGGGUUUUUGCCGAAAGCAGCAUUCUGAAACAUCAUAUAAACACAGACGCCAUUUACCUUGCGGUGUUUACGUGUUCAAAAAUAAUCUGUUUAACACAUUUAGGUUUCUCCCGGAGAACGCCGUUUAUGUGGUCAUUUAAACGCAUACACUGGGUUUCUUACAUAUUUUUGAAGAAUGCGCAUGUGCGUUAAAAAUACCAAAUAACUGAAGUAACAUCACCGGAUGUAUUGCUGCAUCAUAUCAACAAGUCAAAUUGCAUGAAUUCAACAUUUCUGGGGAGGACAGUAGGAAAGGGAAAAAUCACACAAUCAACUCCAUCCACCUUUGCUCUCAAGUGCUAUGGGGGAAUUCCGGACCAUAGCAUGAUGUAAGAGGGAAUCCCCCAACCCUCCCAUAACUUAAACAAAUUUUGCAUUAACUGUGGAACAUUUGGAAAUAAAGCAAAGCAAUGGAAAACAAAAUAUGGCAAAGUCUUCCUUAGACGUCAAGUUCAUAAUUUACAAAAGCGUUGCGGGGAAAUGUGCACUGGAGAAAGUGACUUGCUGACUGAGGCACAUGUACUGGGUUAACGAGUACACCGCUUACACAGUGCAUGUAAACAGAAUGGGAACACCUUUUUCCUGUCUUAAGCAGCUUUCUUGCAAUAAACAACUUUCUGAUGUCCACAUAAACGAGGUCAAUGCCUUAAUGAAGUUGUAUGUCAGAUAUGAAUCAUGUGUUGCUCGUCAAAGCAUAUAAUUAUCCACCAGACAUUCUUGUCUCCUGAUAGGCAGUAUAAUUCUUUGGCAUAGAGCUUUGAAAGAUGGAGUAUCGGUGAGGAAGAAAGGUGAAACAAUUCCACACUAAUUGCUAUAAAAAUACAUAGACACACCACUGAAAUGAUUGUGCAUUGGAGUUUAAAGGAGAAGUGUGUCAUUUAUUUGCAUUGAAGGAAAAUAAAAUCUAGUUCUUUUUGCUAUUCUGUUUGGUGCCACCAGUGACAUAGAAGUACCAAGUAAUUACGUGGUAGCUUCAGCAAUUGCGUUUCUCAUUUAACAGGUUUGGGAGGUUGGUUUUGUUGAUUAAAGCUUGGUACAGGAAUAACCUUAAAAAACUCAUCAGUUUAUCAUCUCACAUUUGCUUUUUAUGACACUAUCAUUUGGUUUUGG